GUUGUGUUGAGGCAGUCGUCAGUGCUAGUGCUGUGCCCUAGGUCAGUCAGCUGUGCCAGUUUUCGCGCCAAACCGGAUUGACGAUGAAGAAGACAAAAGGGCGAGUAACCUUUGUACCCCCGGAUGGAGGCUGGGGCUGGGCAGUGGUCUUAGGUUCAAGUCUUAUCAAUCUGUCAACAAGAUCUAUAGAGCCUUCUUUUGGUUUGUUGUUUGGAGACCUCCUUAAACAGCUGGAAGUCACAACUACAGGAGCAGCUGUUAUAAUGAGCACUUUGGAUGCUGUCAUUAACUUCUCAGGAUUCUUCGUGGGGCCACUGAUCAAGAAGUACUCCUAUCGCAAGGUCGGUUUCCUGGGAGCCAUCCUCAGUGCCACAGCUCUAACAGCCACGGCCACAGCUAGUAGUAUGACCCAUAUACUUCUCACAUACAGUCUCAUGGGAGGUCUAGGUUUCGGACUGGCGACAGCAGCCACGUUCGUAGCCCUGAACAGUUACUUCGUGAAGCGCCGAGGACAAGCUGUAGGCCUAGCUAUGGCAGGUACAGCACUGGGCUUCAUGGCGAUGCCUCAGGUUAUCAGCAGACUUCUGGAGGAGUUUGACUUCCGAGGUACAAUGCUGAUCCUGGGAGCGCUGGGACUCCACGCCCUGGUGGGAGCUGCCAUGCUGCAGCCUGUCAAGUGGCAUAUGAAGACUGUUGUUGUGGAAGAAGAAGGCCUCCUGGGGGAGAAGGAAGCCAACAAGGUUCCAGGCAAGGCAGUAGGAGAUGACGGCAAAGAAGUAUCAUCUUCACUACUUCUUCUUCCUCGCACUAACAGUGUUGCGUCGUCAGUAGCCACAAAUUUCCAAAGGCAGUGCAGUCAACGCAACAUACCUCGGAACAGCUCGAAUGCCAGUUUUGCUCGGAGACGGAAAACCUCAGUGAUCUCGAACGUCUCACACCUAGAUCUAAUGGGAAGCACCAUGCACGUACAUGUUGAAACAGACAGUGAGUAUGAAGACGACCAUGAAGAAUGCACUUGCAAGCACACUGAUGUCGAGAACGGUGUGGUCAAAUCAAACAACAACACGAUCAAGAAGAAACUAGUGGAACGGGAGAGGAGGAACUCAAAACGAGCCGAGCAAACAUUUUGGCAAAAAGUGGUCAGCGUGAUGGACUUUGACUUGUUGUUAGACAUGAGCUACUUGAACAUCCUCUUCGGAUUGUCCAUCACGUACAUCGCAGAGUUGAAUUUCAAGUUGAUUAUCCCUUUCUUCAUGGCCAACCUUGGAUACACCAAGAGGGAGACUGCUCAGGCGCUCAGUGUGAUGGCGAUAGCCGACAUUACAGCUCGUAUAAUCAUGCCUCCCAUUUACGAUAGACUUUCGUUCUCCCGUCGAAGCACUCUGAUUGUUGGUCUAGUUUGUGUCGCAGUUGCUAGAUCAGUGUUGGCUGAACAAACCUCCUGGACUAAUCUGAUGGUUGCUCUGGUCAUCCAUGGAUUCUUCCGAGGAUUUGCUCUAAUCAACUUUCCUCUGGUGAUAUCGGAGGCUGUUGUCCCGGAGAAGUUUCCGGCUGCCUUUGGUUUGUCGAUGGUCUCCAAAGGCAUCUUCAUAGUCGCUUUGGGGCCCGCUGCGGGUUGGAUCAGGGAUUUCACCGGAAGCUAUACCAUUUGUCUUCACGCUCAGUCUUUGAUGAUCUUGAGUUGUGUGAUUGCCUGGACACUGGAGUACUUUGUAUCCCCAAAACCAAAGCCGAAAGAAACUCAGUCAGAAGAGCCAUCAUAACACAUGUUAUUAUUAUUCCAUGUGUAUACUACUUGAAGAAACAUAGGGUACAAAACGGUGCUACUUAACCCGAUGUUUUUAUAAGUAUUAACAAAACUUAUGUGUAAUGUUAUUGAAUAAUGCAAUGUUAUGGAUGAAUUGAAUACAAAAUACAGUACCUAUACCAUUUCCAUAACUGAGAGUAAGUAUGAGAUCAUAAAAUCCAUUAACAAAGAAAUAUAUUUUUAAUGGUCAUAACAAAACUUGUGACAACUUCCUAUUUUAGUGGUAAACUGAUAUAGUAAUUGAUGGAUGUCCUCUAUCUAAGGAUGUGUAUUUUAAUUUUUUAAGAAAUCUCAAAUAGGUACUAGUUCUGGUUGAAAACCAGAAAAAAUACAUAUACAAACCUAGUUAUUUAUUACAAUAAGUAAGAUGGUUUUAUCCAUCUACAAGUAGAAUUGUUAUUUCUUCAUUUGAGAUAAAAAUUGUUGUAAACAUUGUGUUCUAUCACCCUUGAUUAAGUAAGUAAAAAUACAAUGCAGUUUCCACAUUAAUAACUAGUUAAGAUGUAAAACAACUUUAAAACUGUUCAGUAUUUUCAUUCCAUGCUAGAUCAAAUAGUUAACCCUUUACAAUAAAAUAGUAUAGAAGAAUCCAUUUUAUACUACCUUGUUCUGAAAAAUAAGGUAAUACCUAAUUGAAUACUUAAAACUUUGUCAUGAAUAUUAGUAACUCACAUUGAGUAAAACUUAAAUAUCAUUCUUUAAACUGUGCCUUAAUCUUAGACUUAUCACGAUAGACUAUGAUUUUACUGAGUACUGAUAAUAUUUUGCAAUAUCAAUUAGAAAAGAUUUGUUCAAAUAUACCUUAAGCAGUAAAAAUGACUAAAAUGGUUUUAGAUUAUAUAAUGUUGAAAGUUUUACCGAUGUUAUAAGAUCUAUUUUAUUCUUGAGUUUGGAAACAAAAUUUACAAGUGAAAUUGCAAGUUAUAUCAUAGCCAAUUUAAAUAUUAUACAGUUUAAAUAUAGUGUAAUACUGUUAUUUCUUGAAAUUUGAUUUAGACAACACAGUAAUUUUGAGGUUACCUUAAUCUAUGUUGUCAAAUUAAGUAAUGGGCAGGCUAUUUGUUUUGAAAAAAAUUACGUCAUUUCAGAAUAAAAAAGUAGGUAGGACUUAAGUUUCAUAUAAUUUGAGACCUCAAUCAUGAAAAUGGGUUGGGUAGAAGAGCCAAACAAACUCGGAAAAGAAAAACCAUUUUUUUUUUAUAGGUAUAUAAGAUAAUUUCUGCACUCUAUAGUUAUUUAUUUUACAACAAAAACUCUAAAUCUCUAACAAUGCAUUUUAUGUGAAAAGCUAUACUUUGUAAAACAAUGUUGUUUAUAUCAAAUCAUUGAUUAUAAAAUGGUAAAAUUUGUGUAUUCUUCCGAAUAUUUAUUCUUUAAAACUUGUGUUAUCUUGUAACUUGUUUUUAAAUGAAAUUAUUCUAUAUUGAAUUAUAUGUGCCUGUGAUUUAUGUAUGUGGUAUUAAAGUAGAAUAAGUAUAUAAUAAAUUAUUUUGUUUA